GGGCGCCAAAAUCUUUUAUCUGUGUGAAAGCAAAACAAAACCGCAAAAAAAAACACCAGGAAAUGAAAAUAUCAACAAACUUGCUUAAGUGUCAUUAACAAUCGCGAUUAAACCCAGUUGGGUGUUGGUUAUUUCACAUAUACAACAGCUACCAUUCAUUACAACCUACCAUGGAUCAAUAUCCCGAUGAAAAUGAGGAGUUUGAGCUCCAGUAUCAGGAUGAGUUGGAGAUGAUGAAUGAGUUUGAGGAUCAAAACCUUAUGAAUGUUGUCCCGAAUAAAUCUAUUUUGAAUCCCAAAUCUGUGCUAAGUCAAAUCUCCUUAAAUUCUCCACAACUUUCUCAGAUAAGUUUCGGAGAUGACUCUCAACUGUCCUCGGUGGCCGGUGGAGGUGGACCAGUUAAUAGACGUUUAUUUGGCACGCCAAAGCAGCCACCUGCUCGUGGAGCGUCUACCCCAUUCACAACUAAGCAUAAAAUGGCUCCCAUACAAGAGGUGGUGGAUUUGAAUGAACCGGAAGAGGAAUUGGAUAUGAGACCAUCCACUGCCAACAGGGCAUUAGAGGAAUUACAGAGAGCAAACACCAAACGUAAACGUUUGGAAAGAGAUUUGUUUGGUGACAUAGCCGAUAUAUUUGGCGAUGACACCUAUGAAGAUCCUGCGGUUAAAAAGGCUCGCACUGAAGAGGAAAAAGAUCUAGAAGAUAUUGAAAAGAUUUUGGAAACCCGCAGAAAGUUGAGGGAACAAAGUAAAACCGUACGUCCAGACAGCUUGGCCCGUUUGGAAGCCUUACAUGCUUUCAAAAUGCGUAAUUUGUCUUAUAGCUUGCCUCAAUGGCCGUUCUUGCCUCUGUGGCGUAGUGAUCAAGAAAGAGUUUAUGUACGUUUCCAUUCAGAGGAAUAUGAGACUAAGGCCAUUAAUGAAAUUAAAGCUGCUGGUGGCCUUGAAAGUCUCUUGGGUGAACAUCGAGAAAAAAUCUGGGAAGAGGCUAACGAAUUGGUGCUCAAGAGAUUAACCACAAAUAAGGAAGGGCCAAGUCAGGAACAUGCUCCUAUUGUAGUGGAACCUGUUGCCAAUGCUGACACACGUUUAUGGGUGGAAAAAUACAAACCCCGCAAAUACAUUGAUCUUUUGUCCGAUGAAAUGACCAAUAGGUCGCUUUUGUAUUGGUUGAAAAUGUGGGACAAAGUGGUCUUUGGCAAAGAAUUCAAGGCAUUGCAGGCUAUUGCUGGCAAAAGUGAAGAGUUAAACAGUUUUAAUAAACGAACUGGCAAAUUCGAAUCGAAUGGUGGUUGGCGUUCUAGAAAAAACAAACAAUUUCUCAAUACUAACGUCGAUGAAAUGGGCAGGCCCAUUCAGAAGGUGGCCUUGCUGUGUGGUCCACCAGGUCUGGGUAAGACCACACUGGCACAUACAAUAGCACGUCAUGCGGGCUAUAAUGUGCGAGAGGUAAAUGCCUCGGAUGAUAGAAGUCCCGAAGCUUUUAAAUUGGCCUUGGAGAAUGGUACACAAAUGUCUUCCGUUUUGAAUGAGAAUAAGAAACCCAACUGUAUAAUAUUAGAUGAAAUUGAUGGUGCGCCUCGUCAGUCCAUAGAGUUUUUGGUCAAAUUUGUUACCGAUAGUGUACCCCUCAAAGCAAAAGGAAAAGCUGGGGGUAAAGCAGCUCACAAUGUCCUUAAACGUCCCAUUAUAUGCAUAUGUAACGAUGUUUAUGAUCCCGCUUUAAGACCUUUGCGUCAAAUUGCCUUUGUUGUCACCUUUCCACCCAUUGAUUCAGCACGCCUGGCAGAACGCUUGAUACAAGUUGCCCAAAAGGAGAGAUUAAAGACAGAUUUUGGUUCUUUAAUAGCUUUGGCUGAAAAAUCUGGAAAUGAUGUGCGUUGCUGUAUAUCGACUAUGCAAUUUUUCAACGCCCAAAAGAAGGGUCUUAGUCUUCAAGAUGUGCUUAAUAACAAUUUGGGGCAAAAGGAUAGACAUCAGGGUUUAUUCGAAGUCUGGGGUUCAAUAUUUAGGAUUCAACGUCCCAAAAAACAAUUGACUCAAGUUCGUGGUGAGGAAGAGGCUCAGGUUACAAUGACCGAUAUGUCAAUGAGUACGCGAGUGCGGCAUGUCUUAGAUGUGGUGCAUUCUGGGGGAGAUUAUGAGCGUCUAAUGCAGGGUGUUUAUGAAAAUUAUUUACAACAGAAAAUGCCUGAUCCCGAUCUAAAUGGCAUUGUGCAAGCCACACAAUGGUUUUGUUUCUCCGAUACCCUGCAACGACAAAUCCAUCAGCAACAGAAUUAUACCGUCUACCCCUAUUUGCAGUAUGGUUUUGUGAUAUGGCACAUGUUGUUUGCCUCGUUGGCUUGGCCUAAAAUAAGCUUCCCCACCAAAUCCUUUGAGUUCAAUCAAAAGCAGACCACACAAAAGAACAUAUUCCAAUCUCUUAGAAAAUCCUUUACAUGUGGAGCCAUUGGUGUGGGUCAGGGUCAAGCAGUUUUGUUGGAGACCGUACCGCUGCUAAAGAGAAUUCUAUCGCCUCAACUUAGAUCUGUGGCAGUGCAAUUGCUAUCGCAAAAAGAACAACAGGAUCUUAAGCAUUGUGUGGAAAUUAUGGCCGAUUUGGGCAUUACCUAUCACCAGGUUAAAUCUGCUGAUGGUCCAUAUAUUUUCCGCAUGGAACCUGAUCUGGAUGCCUUGUCUCAAUUCCCAGGCUUUCAAGGCAUUACGCUAACCUAUUUUGGUCGCCAGCUAAUAACGCGUGAGGUAGAACUGGAACGCAUACAUCGCUCAACGCCCAAGGCUAUGGAACAAACAGAACGUAAAUCUCAAGCCAAGGCCAAGCCACGGCCCACAGCUAAAGCUACAAAUGAUACUUCACCCACUAAUUUGCCCAAUCAUUUGCAGCGUUUGAAACCAAAACGCAUUGAUCAAGCAGCCAGUGCGAAAGCUAAUGAAGCGAUCUCCAAGGACUUCUUUGGUCGUAUACAACGUAAAACAGCAGCACAAACAUUGGCGGAAGAAACUAAAUCCGAUCCAAUUGUCAAGAGCCCCAUUUGGUAUCGCUACAAGGAGGGCUACAACAAUGCCGUACGCAAAGAUAUUCACAUGAAUGAAUUGCUGUAAAAAUGACAUGGAAGCUCUGUCAAAAAUGCGGUUGUCGUAUGCGUGUGAAGCAGUGAAUGAUUAGCUUAGUUUUUAAAAUUCGAUUUUAUUUAUAACUAUGGUAUAAUAAUAUUGCAGUGUUUGUGUUUUCUUUUUCAGAAAUAAAUUUUCAUUUGUUACAAGAAAA